AAGUUUUUUUUGACAGUAAAACGCGCUGCUGUCGGCGAUUACAUUACACCGCCCCCUCUCCGCCCGGUUCCGCCGCCCCCAAACACCGCUCUCGGCUGUCGCCACCCAAACAGAGGAGAAAAGCAUUCAACUGAGCUUCAAACUGUCGAGAUUCACAGGAAUCUAUGGAUGAUAAUGAGGCUGAAAUGUUGGGGAUUUCGAUGGUUAAUGAUUUUUUAGUUAACAACAACGAAGGAAAUUCCGAUAGAGAACCGUAUGUCGACAUGGAAUUUGAUUCGGAAGAAGCUGCAAAGGUAUUCUACGAUGCAUACGCCACGCACAUGGGGUUUACUAUGAGGGUUGAUGCUUUCAGGCGAUCUAUGCGUGAUGGCGGUGUUGUUUGGCGAAGACUUGUGUGUAAUAAAGAAGGGUUUCGCAAGAGUCGGCCCAAACGGAGCGAAAAUAGGAAACCGAGGGCGAUCACUAGGGAAGGGUGUAAAGCGAUGAUGGUUGUGAAGAAAGAGAAAACGGGAAAAUGGGUCGUCACGAAAUUCUUCAAGGAGCACAAUCAUCCGUUGGUUUUUGCUCCGGUUAAUGCCCGUCGAUCCGCACAGCUGUCUCAAACACCAGACGAGAAAGAUAUGAAAAUACGGGAGCUGACAGCUGAGUUACAAAGAGAGAGAAAAAGAUCUUCGGCUCUGCAACAGCAGCUCAACAGUAUAUUAAAGGACAUGGACGAACAUUUCAAACACCUCUCGAGAAACAUUACUAACAUAGUUGAGAGCGUAAACGAAAUCGAGUCGAGAAGACCAAUAACAGCCAUCCGCAAAAGUUGAUUGCCUUUCAAUGCUUUCUCGUUUAAUUUCUUCGGUCUUUCUGUAAAGAUUCUCUACGGAAGCUUGUAAAAGUCGUGUUUCCUUGUGUAAGUAACCGUUUUCGUGUUUUCUUUUGUACCUUUGUUCUGAAGUGUUGUAUAUUAGCCUAUGUUCAUGAGUUUGGACAAUUGGUUCACAUAAAGACUCGUAAGUAUUCUAUUAUAGUUUACGAGUUUUAGAAAUAUACUGAGUAGAUCUUUAACAUU